AUGGUGCUGGCUCGGGCGGCAGAGCACACGACGGGCGAGGCGGCCCUGGUGGCGAUGUUGGCGGCGCUCGACGAGGUGCAGGGCGCGCUCAGCCUCUACUAUUCCCUCCCCACCCUGCAGUCGGCCGCACCCGCCUUGCCACCCGCCCCCUACGGCAGCGCUGCUGCCGCGCCUCCGCUCCCCGCCACACCUCCACUGCCGCCCAAGGGCUCUUCACCGCAGCUUCCGUACGGUGCCUACCCUGGGAUUCCACCACAACAGCAACAGCUGCAGCAGCUGCUGCCACCACUGCCGCAGAGCCCGAGCAGCUACUACCAGGCGCAGCAGCUCCAUCAGCGACAGCAGCAGCAGCAACAACACCACCAGCGACCACAGCAGUCCCAGUCCCAGCCCCAGCCCCAGCCGCAGUACCUGCCGGCGCAGUAUGGAGGAGGCGCCUCGCAGACACCCGGGACGUCGGCGAUGCGGGUUGGGCUUGACCACCUGCUGCAGGUCGACGACGCCGACUGGCUGCGGGCCGAGGCGAGGGCGACGGUCACCGUGAAGACGGCCGACACCGUGUACGAGGGCGAGGUGCACGGCACGCUGGCCGACAUGCAACAGGGCCUCAUCGUCAUCAGCGGACAGGCCGCAGCGCCCGCCAAAGGAAACCAGGGGUCAUCAUCGUCGGCCCCCUCCGGCGCAGGCGGUGGCGGUGGCAAGGGUCCAGCCGGUGCCUCCGGCUCCGCGGCCGGUGGCCACCCUACUAACGACGCCGACGGUGCAAAGAAAAAGCGCGGCCUCAUCAACGACAUCACCAAGGCGUCUCCCUACGGGCUGGGCGCGAUUCCGGCCAAGUCGGGCGAGACGGAGAAGGGGCCGCGACAAAAGCCCCGGCGGGACGUGAUCAAGCUCCCCAACAACAUGCACACCCGGGUGGUGCCGCCCAGCAAGCAGCGCGGCUACGACCUCGACGGCUACGAAGAAUUUGCCCUCAUCGAUCCGAAGCGCACGAUGGCCAACGUGCUGAAGGUGGACACGGACUGGGAGCUGGUCGACAAUCCUCCAGAGGCAUCGGACCCGGCCAUCAUGUACGAGGUCGCGGCCGUGGCCACCAAAAUACGAAACACCCACAAGGUGGGCGGCGAGCGGGUCAAGGAGAUGCAAUUCUUCGUCGAAAGCGUCGAGACCCCCGAGGUCCGCGUCAAGGCACCCGACAUAGCGCCGCUCUUGCAGUCCAUCUGCGAGGCUUCCUCUCUGCAGCCCAUCACUAUCGACGGCAAGUGGCCCUUCUACAUCCAGGACAAGUACAGCCCUCCCAGCGAGAGUGUGGUGGCCCACGCCCGAAUACUGCAUCGGCUGCUGGAGAUCAUCUGCUGUGAGAUCUACACCCAUGGAAUGGACAAGGUGCGAUUGUGCUACAUGACGACCAUCCGCGCCGACUUCAGCGUUGCCGCCAAAUCGGAGGUGGACGGGCAGUGGUAUUUCAAUGUCAUGGCUUUCGAACAGCAGGACUGCUGCGACGUCGCUUCCGGCCAGCUGAAGCCCGACCGGCGGCCGUGGAUGUACUGGACCGAGCGUGUGGGGAUGCUCAACGGAGUGAAGCCGUGGGGCCUCUACAACAAGGACGUACGUCAGCGGCUCUACACCUACCUCCAGGCCCUCGGCCUCAAAUAA